UCCCCUUUCUACUCCGCCUUCGCCUCUGUCCUGCCAAGUGGUCUCGUCUCCCGCGGGACACACCUAUAUCAUCACUGGGAUUACACCGGCCGCGUGCCGCCUCCCCUUCCCCGCCACUACUCCUCUCAUGCCCCGCUCUCACUCCCCGAAUAGACUUUCCGUGACACUAGGAAUUGCUGUUUUUCUGAACGACUAUACGUGACAAAUUAACAUAGAUUCUCGGACAAAGAAAAGUGAUAUACAGAAGAAAGAAAAGAAGACAAUGGGAACUAAUGGACAAUGGCAAUACAAGUUCAACUGAGUUCUGCGUGUAAAAUAAGCCUAUUUUACAAUUUUCUCAUAGAAGCAUUGUAGGCAUAGUUGUAGAAACAUACUAAGUAAAAAAAAAAAAAGGAGGCAAACCUGCGAAAAAUCAUAUUUUGCCAAACACCUGUCAUGAUUUCAGAGAAUUGACCAAACUGGACAUACCCAGCGCGCAUUCGCUCAAGUUUUGGCUACAUGAUACCAUUUUUGCAGAGCAAACCCAUUCCCCUCCGCCAGCAUUCUAACCGAUGUGCUCGGCAUGCUCUGCUGAUGCCCGCAGGAAUUAUCGCAGGAGUUGUUGCCGUCCCCCAAACCCUUCUCCAACGAACGGAUUACAGACAGUACCAGCUAGAGAUCGUCGGUAACGGUGCCUGACUUUUGCUGGCCGGGUAGCUGCGCGGGACGAGAGAUGAGUUCCCUCCUCUCUACACUAGUCAUGUUAUCUGUCCAGGCUUUACUGGUGGUCUGCAGCCCCCUGCAGGUCUUAGCGGAUGACCAUGUUAAUUUCAGCGUAUACGUGGAGAAUCAGACACGGGGUCGAGACGCCAUGAGUCGCCGGCAGCACAGAGUCUACCAGCUGUACAGCAGGACAAGUGGCAAACACGUGCAGGUGAUGGGGAGGAGAAUCAGUGCCAAGGGAGACGAUGGGGAUAAAUAUGCCCAGCUUGUUGUGGAGGCUGAUACUUUUGGAAGUCAGGUGAGAAUCCGUGGUAAAGAGACCAACUUCUACCUGUGCAUGAACCGUCGAGGAAAGCUUGUGGGGAAGAAGGCUAGUAAUCGCAGUGCAGACUGUGUCUUCGUUGAGAUGGUGCUGGAGAACCACUAUACAGCUCUGAUGUCAGCACGCUAUACGGGCUGGUACGUGGGCUUCACCAAGAGGGGGCGCCCCAGGAGAGGCCCUCAGACACUGCCCAACCAGCAGGACGUUCACUUCAUGAAGCGCCUGCCCCCCGGGGAGCAGCCCGACCUGCUGCCCUUCCGCUUCACCACGGUCAGCAAGAGAAGCAAGAAAGUGAGAGGGACCCGACCCACAGCCACUACAGCACCUACAUAGUCAAUGCCACACAACAUACUCAAAUGACUCGACAACUGUCCUUCCCUGUGUGAAUUGAAUGUAAGGAGUUUGCUGGGCUGAACCCAGGUAAAGACCUAACUAAGUGGUGCAUAGUACAGUAUGUGCAUCAAAAGACUUGGCGCUAAACAAUCUGACCACAUCAGGGAAGAUGUUGUCCUUGCCCUUUUCCUCCCUAUUCCAGAGACAGUGUUGUCUCAAAGACUGUUGAAUUACAAUGUACGGUGCCAACCAUUCUAGUUAGGCCACAGAAGACAGCUAUACUCAGUGUUUGUUUCCAAAGGCACUGAAGUUGAGCUACCAAAGACGACUGAACCAUAGCGUUCAAUACCAAAUAUUCGUGUUUUCAACAUCCCAAAGACAACUGGUCAACUGUUCAGUACCUAACACCCAAACCACCAAAGGCGACUAACGUGUACCCAACACAGAGGGACAGUCAAGGUUUCUCAAUGCAUUAUUUGUAUGUUUGUCUUCACAUGACUUAGGAGCUACUGUUCCUGCCUAUUCACUCAAUACAGAAAGCUGCUGUAACAUAGUAAGUACAAUAUCUUCAGUCUGUCUCAUAUGGAAAAAUGUAUGGAGAAUUGUUGAAACUAUAUGCAUUUUAUUACCAUUGUUAUUAUUACAAUUAUUUAUUUAACUUGAUGGUAUGAUAGCUGUUUUAGACCAAUGGUAUUGCCAAAUAGAAUACAAACAUAUGGUCCUAAAUGUUACCGGUUUGCUAUAUUGUGUGAUACUCAUCAAUAUGCUAAUCCACAAAUGUUUUUCUCUAAAAGAAAUGUAAAUACUCCAUGUUUGUGGACCAUACAGGAAAAGACUCAUAACCUAACCUUGACAUUGUAGGCACCAUGCUCUGGGUCAUUGAUGUUCCAUAAAAAAAAAGUACAAGUGCCAUCUAGUGGUCACUGGAAAUGGGAGCAACUGCACAGAAUAUGUGCCAAACCACAGUCCACUGAUUUAUCCCUUGGAAAACGAGCUGAGCCUAAUGACCUUCUCGAUGGAAUGCAGCUGCCAAUACUUAGAAUCCAUUCUGAUCAGGUUAAUACACGAGUUGAAAACUGAAUGGGAAAAUGAGCUAAAAACAAGCAGGGAAUAGCUACACGAACAUAUCUGAAUGUGUUCUAGAUGUAUCUAGUUGUGAGCAGUGCAGCCCUUUCAUAACUGGAUGAAGGCCUCAACAGCCACACUCAUAACCAUGUCAUUUCCUGCAGCUGGGAUGUCUUUCCCAGGCAGGCAGCAUGCACAGCUCAGACAUGUGGGCACUGUAAUACUGAGGGCAGGGCAGGAGGUAGUUUCUCACUGCCCAACACCAUGAAACAUUUUCUUGAGAGAAUGUGUGAGGCAGAGAAUGGGCUGGACGUGUGUGUGGAGGAAUGUGGGUUCCAGUGCGUUACUGCAUUCCCGAUCACCCUUUCUGGGUACCAGCAUUCCGUCUGCAGACUAACUUUGAUCCUCCCCUGGAUACACUACAUACACACUCUUUCCAAACACCAAUUCAGAGUUAAUAAUAUAUCCUAAAUUCUCUAGUUUCUUGCCAAUUUCCAGAGCCACACUCAUUAAACCGAAAAUGUAAAAACACACAACACGUCCUGCUUGUCAUUUUCAGACCAGGCCUCCCCCUCUCUAUAUCAGGAUUAUAUUUAAUAGACGAGCAAUGGGAGGUUCACUUCAACUGAGUGGUGGUUUGGUCUGUACAUACAGUAGCGAUGGCAUAGAUGCAUGAUACUGAACAGGUACAUUACUCAUACACGCUGGU